ACGGAUGCAGUAGCGCCCUCUAUAGUAAAUACUGAAAUGUCAACAAUGGACGAACCUCCUCUUAGUGAAAUCGAAGUUAUUCGAUUUUUAGAAAACAGAGGAGGCCGAUGCACAAAUUACGACCUUGUUAGUAAUUUUAGAGGAAUAUUAAACGACCCCAAUCACCAGGCUGAAGCUCGCCUAAGGUUCAAAGAUAUCAUCAACAGAGUUGCCGCUGUUGUUGAAUAUCAGAACAUCAAGUACAUCGAACUCAAAAAAGAAUAUGAUUAUAACACAACGAAGCAAGACCCUCAAAGCUAUGGUCACACUAGCCUCCCUUUCGAUUCAAGCGCAACAUCAGGUUACACAUCGCCCCUUACUCAAAACUUUCAACCUUAUUGGCGAUAUCGUCUCUCGACCAAUCCACAGAUGCCUCCCUCCAGAAAGGCAGAGCUCGAAUCUGCGUUGCGCUCAACGAAAUCCAAGUCCCUGGACUGCUCCAUUUCGGAAUCACCUUUACCAGAUGGUAGAGUGCACCACCCUAGAACUCCCUCGAACCGAACACCACCUCAGACCACAAAUGUUCGUGUUCGACAAUCCCAUUCGCUGUCUGGAGACGAAAAAAUGCAUCCUUCACACCUGUCCACUGAGAGCUUACCAUAUGAAUUAAAUCGAAACUCUAAUCCUCUGUCUGGAAUCGUAGGUUCUGGACGUCUUUCGAACGAAAGCUUAUCGUCUCGUGAAUCAGUGGUACGCUCUCGUACAUUGUCCAGAGACGUAAGCAGCUUGUCGACAGAAAGCUGGCUUUCUGGUCGACACCCUCAGUAUGGAUCCUCUGGUUAUGCGUCGACUGAAAGUGGAUCUCGUGAAUCGGUUCGACAUUCUCUAUCGUCGCUCAGAGAUGAGAGACGAUCUCCCGCUCAUUCAUCGACUCACAGCUGGCCUGAAGAGUUCCGUUAUCAUCAGGAGAGCACCGAAUGUCGUUCACCUUUGAACUACCCGACUAACAACGACGCAGUGAAAUCCAAUAGUCUUCCAUUUUUUGAUCUACCAAAUGGCCUACCUUGCGCAACGCAAUACGCUCAGAACAGCAAUCUCAACAAACCAAUUUACCAAAAUUCUGAUUACGUCAGACGAUUGAGCGGCGUUGGCUGCGAGGAAAAAGACGUCGAUAGUUGGCACGUUGAUAGAAACUGCCACCCUAGUAGGAAUGGUAGCAAAAUUCACCAGACCAAUGAGCGUAGUCGAAUUGGGAGUUUUGAGAAUAAAAAAAUGAGUCAUCGGUCUAUUUCCAUGGUCGAUAAUGUGGAGGACAAAGAUAUUUUUUCGGAUCCGAAUUAUUUUAGAUCUGUUUCUAAACUUUGUCUUCCGAAAAACAAGUCCUUAAGUGCAAUCAAUCUUCCUGAAAGAAUCGACAAUCGUCCGGUGACCCAGUCCAGAAACAAUACAAGCGCGACGGUUAAAGAUAGAUCUUCGAUGAACGAUAUUAAAAGAUCGGCAGAAGAUACUGACAAAAUCCCACCUCAACCUCCGGAGAGGAGAUCUCAGGAUUCUUCUUUGCCUGCUGUGGUGGAAAAGAUUGAAGAAACCCCUGGGUCUGCUGUGAUAGAAGAGAAGAUUUCCGGUAAAGUGAAAGAUAAAGUCCAGCAUUUUCUGGAAAUGGAAAAGAAGCAAAAAAGAUCCUUCGGGGGGAAGGAAAACAGACCACCAGAAAAGUCCAGUAGCCUGGAUGAUGACAUAUCCAUAUCCGUGUUAGAUCCAAAGUUGAAAAAAGAAUGGUUUGUGAAGUCCUCUCAGUGCGAUUAUCACUCCCUCGUUAGCUUACUCAAAAAAGAGCCGAAAUUGGCGGCACUCAAAGAUAUCACUUCGGGGGUAAGUCAUAUUUGGAUUUUUUUCCCUCUCUCAAUUUCAUUCCAUUGCUUAACAUAUUUAUCAACAUCUAAUAUUUUAUAACAUGAUUAUUUUAUAAAUCAAAAUAAUAUCAAAAUUAUUUUAUAACAUGAAUAUUCAACAACAUCUCUAAAAUAGAUUCGUUUUUUUGCUCCAUUUUUCUCAAAAAUGCUAUGACUUAUUAAUUUUAUUCUUAAAAGUUAAAGAGGAUUGCGGAAAAAAACUUAUCAUCGAUACUUUGAAGAGAAAAAUCAGAAGAUAUAGGUGAAAGAGAAUUUGCCUCUUAAAGAAGACAUUCAUCUUUACACAGGGUUGCCGCUCCACGGGGAAAACCUCGAACAAUACAGGGAAUUUUAAAAUCACCUAAUAUAACAAAAAAUGUAGAGAAUUUUAACUUUUUCGUUGCAAACUAAGAAGAGACCGAGAAUUUAGUUUCUUGUUUUCGUCUUUUAAAAAAUGGUGACCACUCAAUGCGUAAUCCAUGGGAUAUUUAAGAAUGAUAUUCCAACUAUACUAAACUACACUGGUGUAGGAAAUUAAAGGAAUUUGCAGACCCGGUCGAUUAUCUGUAGAACUGCUGGACCGAUUUUAUUGAAAUUUGAUAUGUAGGGGAGAGUGGGGUCAAUUGUAACAG